AUGGAGAGUGACAGGAAGGUUUUAAGAACUCUGUUUGGAGCUCUUCUGCUUCUGGGUGUCUUCUGGUUUUUCCUUGCUGGAAUUCUAGUAAACCGCAGUACCGAAAAAUCAACUGUUACAGUUUCAUCCACCAAAAUGUUCAAGCAUUGGAAGUUAAUUGGAAGAGAGAAGCAUGCUGUUGUUUGGGACUCCUCCUUUAUUUACGUGAGCAAGAGAAGAGUACCAAAUGGACCUGAUCCCAUUCAUAACAGGAGAGCAGUCAAGACUAGACAACCACCUACCCGAGCGUAG